CAGAAUCUUUGUGCCAGUCAGCCUUGCCUGAACAACGGAACGUGCUACAUGGGAUAUACCGAGAAGAACUACGUUUGCGCUUGCACAGCUGGUUUCAAAGGUGAAAACUGCGAACAAGGUACUCUCAUCCCAUUGUUGUCACCUCUAUUAAGCGGCCAUCAGGCACUUGACCGACUAUUUUUUGUAAGUUUGGCUUUAUUUCAAGAAUAUGAUAAAGGAAAACAGUCCAAGAUAGAAGUUGACGACCGAUUGUGGACCAGUAAUGCUGGCCCCGUCGCGUGUUUUUUUUUUUUUUUUUUUUUUUUAAAUAAGGUAAUAUUUUUGCUAAAGAUUAUGCUAAUUUAUGACGAGGUUAUAUGACCAACUUCUAAGUCACACGUCUUUCAGAUUGCAUUAAAGUGAUAAGGAUUCGAAAUGCUGUCGCUGCAUUUAUGUUUUCCAGUUUACAGCAGUUGUGCUGAGGUCUAUGAAGCCGGUUUGCGAACCAGUGGUGUCUACACUAUCGACCCUGAUGAUGCUGGAGCCUUUGAUGUUUAUUGUGACCAAACAACUGCCGGUGGGGGAUGGACUGUGGUCCAAAAGAGACUGGACGGCUCGGUAGAUUUCUAUCGCGGCUGGGACGACUACAAACGAGGCUUUGGAAAUCUGAAUGGUGAAUUUUGGCUCGGACUAGAAAAGAUUCACCGACUGACAAAAGAACAAAGAAGGCUUCGGGUAGACCUGAAAGACUUCGAAAACCAAACAGCUUACGCUGAGUACGACUCCUUCGGUGUUGGUGAUGAACAGAGCAAGUACAAGCUGGGACGUCUUGGACAAUACGCUGGUAAGCAUAAUACUACACAGGAGCCUGUAAUGGGCUCUUGUACUACAUUAAUGAUGAAAACCAUAAAAGGGGUAACGUUUACGUUACUAUUUGAGAGGUCCCAGUUAUUCAAAAUUUAAAAACUUAGAAAUUUAGAAAACUGGCAACUGUUGUUCGGUAUUCCUGUACCCGAUCUUUAACUCAGACGUUUCUUGGUUUCACCGAUCUACUCUGUUUCAGCGAUUGCAUUGUUUUAACGCGAUUCUUAGUGUUGGAAGAAUAGUUUGUUCAUGGUAGCUUGCUAUAAACACGCGUGAUUAUUCCAAAUCGCUUUGUUUGACAAAUAUAGGCGAAUUUCAGGGUCGUAACGAGUUAUAUGGGAUCAGGGAUAAAAGGCAAAAAAUGGGGUGGGAUCAGGGAUUCGACAGGGAUCACAGACCCGAGAUCUGGGAUCCUUAGUCGUGGGAUCUGAAUCAGUAGUGCUGCGAGGUGAUCAGGGAUAGUUUUCCGACAAAAAAAAAUGAUUUAAUGGGAAGGACCUGCCCUCGUUUAAAAACUCAGUUGUAUUAUGGGUGUAAGAAUUUGUUCCGGUACUUAAGUGUACGUAAUACGACUUUUUUUUAAUAGUACAUUGCUGACUCUCGGCUUAUAGUUGCCUGGCUAUUGACUCAUUUUUUUGUAACACUAUACCUUACAUAGACUGAAAUACCGAAUUGGUCUGGGUUUUUUGACUGCCAAAUAAGGACUUAAGAAAAAAUUCAUACAAUGGACAUUACCUUUUGACAAUGAUUUCUCUCUGCACCCUGAAGAAUUAUUUUAUACAUGCCCUUUCUUCGACAAUGAAAGAUGAAGUUUUUUGUGACUGACGACGACCCAAACAAACAAACGAGAAACGAAACUUCGUGGAGUGUGUCGUAGCAGGUUAGAUUAGGGACUAUUUUACGGGUCGGCAAAACAAGAAAACCACGGAAAACCAAAGGUGACGGUUAACGGUGAUUUAAUUCCAAAUUCCAAAGACCGAAAUCUAUAGACCAAAGAUUGACCGUAAACUGAAAUAACAAUACAAAAAUCUCUGUCAAUUUGCCGAAAAGGCGAUACUGAGGCAAAUAACGCGUAAUCAACAAACAAAAGCGUGAAAACCGUAAUAAAACGAUUCUAUAAUGAUUAGGUCGAUAGCAAGACGGUAAAAUCUACUUAAAGGCUACAUAGACUGAAAUUAAACAAUAAUUCCAUAAAUCUGAUCUUAAUCCUUGUACUAUAAAGCAAAAGUGUGGGCGUUGCUCUAACAGGCGUUCAAAUCCGCUUUUCGCUCAUGAAACAAUUAUAAAUCAAUUAAGCUUAAAUCUGUAUACUUGUACAGUAACGUUCGUGUACUUUUGCCCACUUACUAAAGAACGAAACUAAACAAUAAUAUAUAGAUUUAGCCAGGGCUAAAAGCGAGGCUCCCAUUAGUAAAUUUAUAAUUUAAAUUAAACAAUAAACUUGUAUUCGAAUUCCAUUAGAGAAAAAUAAUUUGCAAACAGCCCAAGAGUGAACCAAAUCUUACAUCGAGUUGAUAGCCUCAUAUGUACACUCAAAAACUGGUAAUCAUCUUUUAUCACAUUUAAGAGCCGUAAUGGCUAUUGAUCACCGUAGAUCAAUUAGGCUUAGAAAAAAAACCAGGCCAACGUUUUGGCGUUCGACAAGUUUAGUUUGCAAAAUCUUGCCAGCAAAUCUGGGUGCGUGUAAACCAACCUUUUAUACCAUGGACAGAAAGCAGUAUUUCACAAUACAAAUUGCUCUCAUUCAAUAUUCAUAAACUGUUAAAAAAAUUUUCCAAAAUCACCUAUACGGCCAUCCGGUUCCCACUUUUGUAGUGCGAGCUGUAGCGAGUGUUUGAAUGAACAUUAACAGAGUUACGCUCCAAGAUAAUAAAGAAUUUAUCAUGUUUAUUUUUUAUUUGAUGGUUUAACGCGCGGCAUUUUGAGAACUCCUGCAAGCGAUGUUCACUGAACGACUGAAAGCAAUCGGCAUAGCGAUUAAAAUUGCAAGAGAGACUACUAACAAUCAAUAAAAGAAAUAUAAUUCGGUGAAACAUAAACAGAGACAACAAUUUUCAUUCAGGAAGACAAGUAUUAAAGUGUCCCUAAAUAUCCUGAAUCUUCAAGCUUCAAGCUUAAGUUUGCUGAAGUUUAUGUUUUAAGCCAGCUUCCCGGUGUUUAUUUUUUCAAAGACGAACUCGAGGCAAGAAAAUCGCUCAAAGCUUUCUUUUCCGGCUGGAAUUAUAACUAAAGAUUCUUUGGAACAUUUUCUUUCUAUUUGCGGUGAGAAACUGUCUAAAGGCUUUUUAAAGUUUUGUAAGAUUAUAUCAAACCAGAUACUCGGUGAGAUCGUUGUCUCAAAUCUUACAAACGCGCAUAAACUAAAUUCCCGCAUAAACUACGCUCCACUUCAUUAAAUUAGAUACAAAAAACAAACAUGAAAUACAAUAAUUUCUCUGGCUUACCAUUCGAGAUGCAGCUCCUGAAAGUUAUCAGGUAAAGCCAGUAUCGCUUCAGACUUUGCAAUCCUCUUACGCAUCAAGCAAGGUGAAAACGAAAACGAUGCCAUCCGAAAUCGGAUUUCCGACUUUGACAAGCGACGUUUUCUCAACCAAAAACCCAAUAAACAAACUAGCCAUGAGUAACAGAAGACUCCUGAUAGCAGCUGAAUUUCAUUUUGUACAUCCAGUGGAAAAAGACAGUUAAAAACAUCACAAGUUGACACAAAACUCUGUCAGCUUCAGCUGUUAAAGUAAACAAGAUUCAAGAUGCUGCAUAAAUUUUGCGCAUGAACUCACCUGUCAAAUUUUGACCAAUCAGAGCAUAAAAAUUGGACGUAGAGCGUGACCAACGCGUGACCAUUGUGAGAAAAAACAAAAGCAACUGUCUUCCCUGCCUGUAACAGCUGGCUGAAUUUUCACGUCCGAGGUCAGUUUGCAAUCAAAAUUUUAAUUGUGCAGCACAUAAACACAACAUAUUUCAUAUGAAUUAAGAAAAAAUUGAACUUGAGCCUGCGAUCACUUGAAAACUAGUUUACUUGUCAGCGGAUAACUUCAAAAAAUACUUGACCUCGACGGGUCGACACCUGAGCCCGCGAUACGGUCAAGUGAUACUGGUCAGCGGGUACUCUGUUUUGACAGCUGUCAAUUGAUCAAAACAUUGAUGUCCAAUAUGUGUGCACUAUCAGUUUUCCUGUGCUCCCAAACUAGUAAAAGUAUGAGAUUGAACGUUGUUCGCGAUCUAGUAAAACAGUUAACUGGUCAGCGGACAGCUUCCAAAUAAAUCACGUCACCUCGAUGAGUUGACACAUGAGCCCGCGAUAUGGUCAUGGGAUACUGGUCAGUGGCUAUCCUGUUUGGACAGCUGUCAAUUGACCAUAUUGUUAAUGUCCUAUAUUAAAGAUGUGGACUUGCCAAGACACGCCUGGGACACCCCUCCCUUCCUUUUGAUAGUCUCCCCUACCCCACCCAUACAAUCUGUAGACGCGUACGUACGUACGUACGUACGUACGUACGUACGUACGCUCGGUCAAUCACGUGACAACCAAACGAAAAGAGGUUGACCAUAUUCCAUGGGUAUGGGGCUCUGUCCCACGCGCGCUUCGCGCGCGCGGGAGCCCCGCUAUAACAAAAGAAAUCACUUACAUAUCGGUCCCGCUUGUAGCAAAGGUUAAGACAAAUCACAAAACGAUGUCACGAAGCAUGGCUCCCCAGAAAUAAUCAUAUUAUUUCACUAAAUCAACUAAAUAAUCAACUUAACGUCUGCUGGCUGAAAGACACCUGGUGGAGCAAGAAAAACUUUUACUUCAUCGUUAGCAGCUGGUUCGGGGUCAAAGGACUUGGAGAAUCUGGGUCUGAAAUCUGGGUUACUGUCAAGGGUCGGCUGUUAACAAUCGCUUCUGUUUCACACGUCAGAGUCCUAAGAGACUCGUCGUCUAAUUGUCGCCCAUUAUUGUUUAACAGCGAUGAGAGAACGCUCCGAACGGUUCUUCAGAUUUGGCGUUCCCACACACCUCCCAUGUGACUCGCUGCUGGGACAUUCAUUUUGAAGGAAAACCAAUCGCACUGCUCUUCUAAUAGCUUUGCUUUAAUUCUUUCUUGGUCCAUUUCACCUAACGCUUCUGCAAGUUCUUUAAGAGCUCCUACAAAGUUGGUUCCCUGGUCACUUCUUAGCUGGCGGAUGGGUCCUCGCGGACUGAUAAAUCGUCUAAGGGCGUUGAUAUAUGAAUCUGUGUCGAGGGAGUUAGAUGUUCCGAGGUGUAUAGCCCUCGAAGCCAUACAAGUGAACAAAACACCAUAACGCUUCAGCUCCUUCCGGCCAUCUUUAACGAUAAAGGGACCAAAAUAGUCGACGGCGCAGUAGGUAAAGGGAGGGGCAGUCUAUAACCGGUCUUCUGACAUUCUUUGUUCUUGAACUGCUCCACGUAGUUUCUUGCACUUGACACAGGACGAGAUAAUGCUACUGACUACAACUGAACCACUUAUUAUCCAAAAUCCAUUCGAUCGUACUUCAUUGAGCGUCAUGGUCUUGCCUUGGUGACUUGUACGUGCAUGAAAAUACCUGACAAUGUGCGUGGUAACGUGGCUAUUUCUUGGUAGUAUGAUAAGGAACUUCAUGUCAUCUGACAGACUUGCACGUCUGAGACGUCCACCGACUCGCAAAAUUCCAUCAUCAUCAACAAAAGGAUCGAGCCUGUACAGUGACCCGUAAGUCUUUAUGUUAGAUUUCCUCUGUUGCGCCCAGGCUCUACUGUUAGGGUCCGGAUUCUUCCGCUUUAUCUGCUUCAAGACGUCUAACUCUUCCUUGAAUGCGCUUGUCUGUACUGCACGAAUGAUAGCGCGUUCUGCGCUCUCUAACUCAGUGACUUUUACUUCUCGUGUCAAUUCGUCUUUACAAUGCUUCUUCUGUACUCGCGCUCUUAAACUUCUUACGUAACGUGUAAACAGAGCAAUUGCUCGUUUCUCGCGAUACCAGUCAGAGAAAUACCUCACUCUCUCACACAGGCUUGUUUUCUCUGAAUCGAUUUGUGUGGUCGCCAUGGUAACAUGUUUCUUGACUUCGGGGUCGUUAUUCUGGAGAUCAAAGGUACCUUCACUGUGAUCCUGGUUUAUUGGCCACUGGUCUUCAGUCUUCCAAAGAAAGACAGGUCCGUUGAUCCAACGAGAAUGUAACAACUCUUGAGACUUUACACCUCGCGAAGCCUCAUCUGCAGGGUUCUGUUUUGAUUCGACGUGGUUCCACUGUUCAACUGAAGUGCUAUUUUGAAUUUCUUGAACUCUGUUAGCCACGAAUACAUGAAAUCGCCUACUUUCAUUGCUUAUGUAUCCAAGGACCACUUUGCUAUCUGUCCAAAAGUACUCUUGGUCAAUGUAAUAACUCAAUUCCCGACGCAACUGCUGGCUAAUCCUCACAGAGCAAACAGCGGUGGUGAGUUCCAGUCUCGUUACGGUUACAGGUUUCAAGGGAGCAACUCUCGAUUUUCCCAUGACUAAGGUGCAGUGAAUCCUUUGCUGCUCAUCAAUCAUUCUCAAAUAACUACACUGACCGUAACCUUUUACGCUUGUAUCUGAGAAGUGGUGGAGUUCAGUGCGCACAACAGAACCAAAGUUUUCGGGCUUGUAACAUCUCGAAAUUGAAAUUUGCUGCAAAUUUAACAGGUCUGCUCUCCACUUCUCCCACUUGAUCUUUACAUCGUCAGGUAUCGGGUCAUCCCAACUUACAUCAAGGCGGCAUAACUCCUGAAGUAUUGACUUCCCGUCUAACAAAAGCGGAGCAACGAAGCCAAGUGGGUCAAAAAUCGAACUUAUCGUAGGAAUUAUUCCUCUCCUAGUGCGCGGUUUGUUCUGUAAGACGAUGUUAAACUAAAAGCAGUCAGACUCAAUACACCACUGCACACCAAGAGCACGUUCCGGAAGCGAAUCGAGGUCCAAAUCGAGCUCUUUAACGCCAUCUGCUUUAUCUGAUUCUGGUAUUCUUCUGAUGACGUCUUUACUAUUCGACACGAAUUUAUGAAGGUUGAAACCUCCACUCCUGCACACUUGCUUCACAUCUGAAAUGAACGUUACAGCUUCAUCGAUUGAGGGAACAGACUUGAGACCGUCAUCAACGUAGAAGUCAUUUCGAAGACAAUCUGCGGCAGCAACAUCAAAUUCACUUUCAUAGUCAUUGGCGAUGAAGUGGCUCCAAACAAAUGAACGGCCGUUCUAUAUUUUUCUGGUUCUCUAGUGACGUCACCGUCCCCCCACCAGAGGAAUCGAAGUAAAUCUCUGUGGCUUUCGUCUACUCUGACUUGGUGAAACAUGGCUUCUAUGUCGCACAUAAAGGCGAUGGAUUCUUCUCGAAAGCGGCAUAGUACCCCGGUCAAAUUGUUUGUCAAGUCAGGGCCUUGAAGCAGGUGAUUGUUUAAAGAUUCGCCCCAAUGUUCCGCCGCGCAAUCAAAAACUACGCGAAUUUUAUUUGGUUCCUUUGGAUGGUAGACGCCGUGGUGAGGGAUAUACCAGACAUUGUUCCUUUCUGACUUGUGCAUGUUUGGUACCUUCUCUGCAUAGCCAUUUUCAAUGAUAUUUUUCAUAAAGUUCACAUAGUCCUCUCUAUAUUUCUGUCCCUUUGGAGCUUGAAAUCUUCGUUUCAGCUGAUUAAGUGGGCGGAGAGCUGUCUCUCUAUUAUCAGGCAGUUCGAUGCGCUCGGUUUUCAAUGGCAACGGAAGUUCGUAAUGGCCGUCUUCGCACUGAUGAAUUCCCUGCUCGACUAGCUAUUUCCAGAAAUCGUCUGUCCUCUUAAGACAAACCAUGCCUUCCGCUGUUUUUGUGAUCUGAGAAAUCUAGUUCGAACACCUGAUUGAUCGCAUAUGGAUUUAUCAACUCCUUUGUUUUUCCUUUAAGCGCGAAACUCAAUCGGCUCUCACGAUCUCCGGGAACUCUCUCUCUCGCUAGGGUGCGAUGGCAUGUGGAAUUCAGGGCGCGGUCUUCCAAAGAGCUGUCUGAGGUCGCGACAGGUCCCACGAUAGACCAUCCUAACAAAGUGCGAACCGCAUAAGGAUCUUCACUCGUGCCAUGUACAACCUCCUUUGGUUUGAUUGCCUUGGGACAGUUACAACCAACCAACAAGCCAAUUUCUGCGUCCUUUACGUAGGGCGGGAUCUUAUAGCGUAUUUUCUGAAGGUGCGGCUACUCAUCCGCAACUUCCGGUGUCGGGAUUUGAUCUCGUCUGGAUGGAAUGCUUUCUCUGGUGUACGCUUUAGGUAGCUCAACUUGGACACGUCCGUCAAGUCUUCCAACACUUCCCGACCAAGCAUGGUACUAAGGUUCAAACUGGUCUGAACACCCUCUAUGCCGAGUUUCUCUUUCACUUGGGUGGUAACGAAGGUCGUGUCACUUGCAUCGUCUAGGAGUGCGUACACCUUUAUUUGCUUUUCAGGAUUAGCCUUGUGAAACAGAUCGACCAAGACUAUUCGACAAUUGGUGAUCAAGCUUUCGUUGUCCGGGACUGAGCUGUGUGCCGCGCUAAUCGCGUUUGAAUUUGAUGAUUCGGGAGCUGGCUUGCUUUCACUCCUGGCUUCCCUUUGAGGCUCUUUCUUCUUCGGUUGAAGAACGCUCAAUUUUGCUUUCGUGUCUGGCUGUGGGUUGCUGGAUUUGAGUUUUACUCCAUGGAGGAGUGUGUGAUGGCGCCUUCCGCAUUCUUCACAAGUGAAUCUGUCAAGACAACCCGCUGACAUGUGACCCCUUUUAAAGCAGCCGUAACAAAGUCCCUUUUCACGAAUGACAUCACUGCGCUGGUCUACUGACUUCUUCAAGAAACUGCUGCAUUUAACGAGUGAGUGCUGGCCUUCGCAGAGAGUACAGGGCUGGUACGAGUUCUCACUGGCGAUUUUUGAUUCUAUGGGCAAGCCUCCGGUCGCAAGGGACGUUCCGCUAGCUCCGUCAACGCCUUUGCUCUUUGGUCUAAUUUUCCGUCCGAACCUCGGUUGGUUUACUGUCACCGUCUUAUUUCUUUCUUUCUUUAGCGCGUCUACUGAGAAAAUAGGGUCGUUCGCUAGUUCUGCUUCUUCCUUAACGAAUUUUACAAAGUCACUAAAGGUGAUAAUCUUCUUUGUUUUCGUUUGUGCUUCAUGGGCGUGCCUACGCCACUUAAUGCCAGAAUAGGAAGGAAGCUUAGCACUGAUCUGAAGGAGUGUUUGUGUUGGGUCAAGAUCUCCCAUAGACUUCAUUGUUUUCAUCGCUUCUUCACAUCGCACAAGAAAGUCAGAGAACUCUUGGACACCACUAUUAUUUCCGUCACUGAUCUUCGGCCAUUUUCUGAGGCUAGACUUAUACGCUUCUGCCACAUUCACUGGAUUUCCAAAGCGGUGGUCAAGCAAUCUCCGGGCUUCUUUGUAAGCGCUGUCCGAGCUCAUAGCUAGAUAUCCUUUCACAACUUCGUUCGCCGUAUCCUUAGUGUACUUGUCUAGGAAGAAGAGACGAUCUCUGUCCAAGGGCACAUUAGCAUGAUGGAGUCAAAGGCAGUUAUAAACGCUGGAUACUCGAAUGGAUCUCCAGAAAAGAUAGGCGGCUCUUUUGCUGGAAGGUGGGUAGUCUUCUGCUGACUUAUUAUCAUCGAACUUAACUCUGCUUGUUUUGCUUGAAUUUUACUAUUUCGCGCAUGGCAGCGCUGAUAUCUGGACUAACGUACGGCGAGGAUGAGAAAAACGGUUCUGAUCGCAGAAUCUCGAGAGACUCUGGUAAGUUACUUGGGAGGAACGUUCGGGUCCAUAGGAAAAUCUCUCUCAUUCUUAAUCAACCUUUCGGCACCCGUGCCUGGUUUGAGAUCUUGUCUCACGCUUUUCUUUUCUUCCUUAGUUUGUCUUCAUCUAUUAUUCUUUUAAUUGCAUCCUCUUCGGCAUUCGCAAUCGCUAUUUCCUUUUCAAGAUGUAAGCGCCUUAUUUCUCUUUCUUUAUGGAAAAGUUCCAUUUCGGCUCGUAACUUCACUGCUUUAGCGACUGCAUCGACUAAGGCAAGAGAAAUUCGAUGAGACGAGGAAGAUCGAGAAGACCUGACAGACGACUUCCUACUGUGCCUGGACUUCUCGGAUGGAGGUCGAGUGGAUAUUUUUUCCAGUGCCUGAAUGCGCUCGCAGAUUCUUAUCCUACAUUCAGUUAACUCUCGAUCACGGAUAUCGAACUAUUGGUAGGAGGCGUCUUUUUCUUCUGACGAUUCCAACAAAUCAUCGUACGCCUUUUGCGCGUCAUUAAACUCAUCUUUCAAAAGCGAUCUAAAUAAUCCCUCUCUAAGGCUAAUUGUUCAAUUGUUGUCUCAGGUAAGUCACGCAUUAUAUUGAUCUUCUCUAUCUGCCUUUUCAGUUUCGCAAGCGCACAAUCACGGUUAGCUUGUUUAAUCCCUAAUUGGUAAGCUUUUCCUUUUUCCGUCAUUUUUCUUGUGCGAGGAGCUUCAGUUUUCGAAAUGGAAGAUGUGACGCUUGUUACGCUCUUUGACGCCGGAUGUGUUUGUUUUGGCGCAUUAUCUCGGGUAGGUGUCGGCGUAUGGUAACGAAGGUAUGCGACGCUAAAGACACUCAUAAGGCCAUCAAAUAAAGUUUCAAAAGUUCAAGCAAUGUUCAACAAAUGUUCAUAGCCAUCGGCAAACAAUUAAAGACUGUCGGUAUUUUACUGUGGCUGGCGACGACCAAAACAAACAAACAAACGAGAAACGAAACUUCGAGAGGUGUGUCGCAGCAGGUUACAUUAGGGACUAUUUUACGGGUCGGCAAAACAAGAAAACCACGGAAAACCAAAGGUGACGGUUAACGGCGAUUUAAUUCCAAAUUCCAACGACAAAAAAUCUAUGGACCAAAGAUUGACCGUAAACUGAAAUAACAAUACAAAAAUCUCUAUCAAUUUGGCGAAAAGGCGAUACCGAGACAAAUAACGCGUAAUCAACAAGCAAAAGCUUGAAAACGGUAAUAAAGCGAUUCUUUAAUGAUUAGGUCGAUAACAAGACGGUAAAAUCUACUUAAAGGCUACAUAGACUGAAACUAAGCAAUAAUUCCAUAAAUCUGAUCUUAAUCCUUGUACUAUAAAGCAAAAUUGUGGGCGUUGCUCCAACAGAGGUUCAAUUCCGCUUUUAUUUUCGCUCAUGAAACAAUUAUAAAUCAAUUAAGCUUAAAUCUGUAUACUUGUACAGUAACAUUCGUGUACUUUUACCCACUGACUAAAGAACGAAACUAAACAAUAUAACAAAAGAAAUCACUUACAUAUCGGUCUCGCUUGUAGCAAAGGUUAAGACAAAUCACAAAACGAUGUCACGACGCGAUUCCUUCUUGACUUUUCCUGCCCAAAAGGACGCUAACGCGCGCUUUUAUACCCGCGUGGGGACGCCGAAAUAUCUCAUUACAAAACUAACAGAAAAUCAGGUAAACAUUGUAACUACGCUAGUAACUAGGAUCAAAACAUGAAAAUCACGAAAUCAAUGAAAGGUAUUGUUCUUAUGUCUUGUCCUUUACAUUUUUCAAUGGACAAAACCCUGUUAUCACAGCAGUUGUUAUUGCACUUGGCACUGUAAACUACUAUUGUACUUUUGUGCUGACCAUGCUCAAAAGACCAUAUAUGGUCUCUUGCAAGCCUUCAGCAGCUCCCGAUUCUAAGCUUCUGAUCAACGCAAAUUACUUUUAAAUAUCAAGUGGCAAGUGUCGGGAGAAGACGGCAAAUAACGAAGCCUGUUCUUAUUAUGCUAGGGAGAAAGUGUGCGAAACAAUCUUAACCAACUUAAAAAGCUUCAGGCGAAAGAAUCGUCGAUCCUGGCUCUGUAAAAUAAAGUAGUUUCUUAGCUCGUUGUUCGACAGGCCAGUGGCCUUUAUCUUUGCCCAAAGAGAACUCAAUCUGAUCUCGUUUUGCUACUUAAAACUUGAUCAAAAUUUUCAAAAAGUCUUGCCUUUUGCAGGUACCUUUCUUGAAUACCUUGCCCAGCUUACUCCAUCCGCAGUGAGUUGGUAAACUGCUUACAAUUAUGUCAUGGGGUAACUCAACCGAAUAUAAUCGAAACUGAUCUACAUCAGUAAGAGGAUUAAGUGAGAUGGUGAGGUGUACAACUAGACGUCAUGUGGCUGAAAAGAGUUGGUCAACUGGUGCUAACAAAGCGACGACUGAGAAAAAGCUAGCUAUUGCAAACCCCAUUUAUUCUGAGUCGAUCAGCCAAUCUUACUUAUUUCUUUUUGUGUGAAUAAAAUUUUGUUGAAUGGAAUUGAUCUCGUUUUGAAAGGAACAAGGCAAAAAACAAAAAGUGCUUGGUUUGUUACGGAAGCGUGACGGAUAUAAGAAACUUCCCGUUUCCGUCGAGUUUACAAAAUACGGACACACGUUAUUUCGUCCUGUGAAACGCUAUAUAUGUGAGCCGUCUAAAGUGCAACUAUUAUGAUAGAAAUGACGAUGACUAAUGGAACUGGCUGGAGUAAAAUUUUGCGUUUUAUUCAGGUUAUAUCCGGAGGAACUGUGUAGACUAGAAAGUUUCACCUGUUUACCUUUACUUACAAGGAAAAAUUACGCCAAGUCAAUGUUCAGAUAAAAUAACUAAAGAUUAAAGAGUGUGAUAAGUAGACUGUAACAUAGUUGAGGUUAAAUGCCCUAUUUUUAACGGUAAAAAUGCCCGUUGUACUUAUUUGGAGUGCUGCUACUCUCUCACAUUCCCUCCGAAAUGUCUAAAGAAAGGUUAUUUAGGACCACUAAUAAAAAUUUAUGGUAAGAAAUGAGGUUUUUGUUUAUUUUUUUAGGAACUGCCGGUGACUCUCUUGCAUGGCAUCAUAAUAUGUCAUUCUCCACCAAUGAUCAAGACGGGAGCUGUGCCGUUUUAUAUGAGGGAGCCUGGUGGUACAAUAAAUGUCAUGACUCCAACUUAAAUGGUCGCUAUCUUAAUGGGAGUCACUCCUCUUACGCCAACGGUGUAAACUGGUAUCACUGGAAAGGCCAUUAUUACUCCGCCAAACGCGCUGAAAUGAAAAUCAAACCAGUAGAAGCCUAA